UCUCACUCGAUGUGGUGCGGUAAGCUUGCGUUCUCACAACCAGCUACCAUGGAACUCCUCUAUCCCUUAUUAUACUUGAUUCUUCUAUCAAGGUCAGAGGUCAAGGGUAUUAGCUGGUCUUGCGAUGAUUAUCAAGCAAAUUUCACCAUCAAAGACGUGGUUGGAACUUGGCAUGUCGUCGCCAUAAUACCAGAGAAAUUUUUCCCCAUUAGCCAGGAAAAGCUCACAUGCUAUAAAGUGGAAUUCAGCGAAAUAGACGCGUCUGGUCUUCAAUGGCUUGUUAACAAUACAGUAGGAAGCAAAUACAAAGUAGACAGAUUAACUAACUCAGAAGGAACAAUUAUAAGGCAACGUUACCAUUCCGAACGGCCCUUUGAUGUCUGGUCCAAGUCUAUUGAAGGUGUGAAUGGAUGCUUCCGACAAGUUUUGUCACUCGAUACUGAUAAAACUGAACUUAGCAAAGCCAUAACGCACGAUGAUAUGAUGCAACUGCAUUUACUAGAGACAAAUGAUCAGGCAGGGCCUUUUCUUCUGCAGAUGUUGUGGGGCAGAAUGAUAUCUGUGGUCGUAUACCGACGACAUGAGGGUGUAACACAAGAGGAAUUAAAGCCAGUGUACGAAAUGACGAGCGAACUACGCGGGCCGCAGAGAAUUCCUCGUAUCUGCAACCGACCACUGCGAGACGUAUUGAAGGAGAUAUGAAAGUUUCUCAAAUUGUUUUAUAUGACAAUCUAAGAACUUUUAAAGUGAUAAAACUAUUGUCAUAUAAUAUGUUGCUUUACUGUGUGUGC